AUGAGUGGUAUGCUGUCGAUGUUGUGUGUUAUCCUGAUCCUGAGCGUCGGGACGACUACGGUACGCGCCGGAUUAAAAUGUGACGCUGUCAGACCGUACUUCGAAUCUCAGGGCUUUCCUGUCAGUGAUAUUCCCAAGGAGGCGAUUUCAUCAAAGGAGCUGAAAAUAUGCGGCAGCGUGAGAAGCGGCGGAGAGGUAUGCUGUUCCGCGGACAUGGAAGUGAGAUUGCAGGCGAGGGCACGUGACAAACAUGAGAAAGCCACCAAAGAAACUCUUCACCGACUGCAUCAGGUCCUGUCGACCAGAGGGACCAGGUUUCACAAUUUCUUUAAGGAUCUUCUCGCGACUAGUAAAAGAGGAUUCCACGAGAUGUUUAAGAAAACUUAUGGCAUUCUGUACGAACAGAACGCUUACGUUUUCACGGAUCUAUUUAAGGAGCUGGAAAAUUAUUACGCCAAGGGCACGGUCGACCUCGAUGAUCUCAUGGACAACUUCUUUAACACCCUCUAUCAGAAGAUGUUCACGGUGCUUAAUAGCCAAUAUAACUUCGACAAUAAGUACUUGGAGUGUCUCGGUGAUCACAUGAAAGAGAUGAGACCAUUUGGCGACGUUCCGCAGAAAUUAGGGGUGCAGAUAAAGAGGUCGUUCGUUGCGACCAGAGCCUUCAGCCAAGCGCUCACGGUUGCCGCUGAUGUCCUGAAAAAUAUGCAAUCGUUGAAGCCGUCUGCGGACUGUGCAGCUGCACUCACCAGGAUGACAGUUUGUCCGUCGUGCAGCGGGAUCACUGGGAACGUGUUAGCAUGCGGUGACAUGUGUGCCAACGUGAUGAAGGGUUGCCUGGCUCAGCAUGCGGCUCUGGAUGCUGAAUGGAAUCACUUCGUCGAGGCCGUGGACAAGGUGGCGGACCGACUGUUAGGACCGUUCAACAUCGAGAUGUUGGUGCGACCGAUCAAUCUGAAAAUCUCCGAGGCGAUAAUGAACUUCCAAGAGAACAGCCACGACGUCUCUCAGAGAGUGUUCACCGGUUGCGGUCGGCCGGUGUUGGGCAGACGUAGACGAAGAGAUAACAGGGAACUGGAACUAGAGUCGCUGAACUUCGAUCAGGAUACGUUGACCGAGGACCGUGCCUCGACCGCCGCGAUCCUAGAUAAGCUGGUGAAAGAGACCAGGCAGAGGGUUCGGGAUUCCCGGCAAUUUUGGGUUCUCUUACCUUACAAGCUUUGCAACGACGGUCUAGUCGUUCCGCCCAGCAACACGAAGGAGUGUUGGAACGGCACACACGUGGACAAAUACAUAUACCCGGUGUCGUCGAACGGAGAGACUCAGAUACUGAAUCCGGAAGUUAGGAGCUCGGGACCGAGGCCGACCAUCGUGAGAGAUCAAAUCUACGCGUUGACAACCAUCACGAAUAGACUGAAGUCAGCGUUCAAUGGCCAGGAUGUCGACUGGAUAGACACCGAGGACACAGAAUGGAACGGUUCCGGUAGCGGAUCCGGCGACACUACCGACCAGGAUCCGAUCACCGACGACGAGGACGGUUUCAAGGAAGGCUCCGGCUACGAGCCAAAGCCCUCGCCCCCGGAGGUGCCAAAGCAGUCACCUCCGGCGGUGAAUCCGGAUGUGGUGCCUCCUCGGGUCGACGUGGAGCCGAAGAUGAACGGCAACAGCAACAACGGCACGUCCACCGUGGACAAUGGGGCGAGCAGACAGAAAAUGUCUCUCUCCCGUGCCUUGACGACGUACCUCGUUCCCAUAGUGGUUAUGUGGUUCGGUGGUUGUCUCACCGAGUGGCUGUGAUCAUGUGGUGUUUCCCCAAAUAUAUACUUCAAUGUAAAUAAUAUUAUCCGCGAGCGUAGCCUCGUCUCCUCGACGAAUUCGUGAACGAGAUAAAAACCUCGUGAUUCUCACCCAGACCCUGGUCGACCAGUGUUCCUCGAUUUUGGGCACACGCUUUCUUUCAAUCGCUUCUCGCAAGGAUGCGUGUAUUCUCGAAAGGAUAAUAUACCAAUGGGAAAAGAUUGAUCUUUACUUAACCCAGGAACGAGUCCGUUCGAAGAGAAGACCGGACUCCGUCGUUGGACGAUUAGAACACGGACCUCUGGGGACAUUUUCACGACUGACGAGCGUGCCUUCAGGACGAGUGGCAUGGUCGGCUCAAUUUUCAUUGGGUUCCAGGCUUUUUACGAUCUUGUUGACGAUCUUCUCUGAGCCACUGUGUUUGUUUGAAUAACAAAAAUCAUUUGAAACGGAUUCGUACACCUCCCUGACUGUUGGGAAUGUCUUUUUUUCGAAUUGGAAUUUUUCAAAAUGACACAGUGUCGUAAGAGAAGACGAGGGUUUCGAUAGCAUCGAGUCUAUGUAGAAACGGAACCGAGUAUACGAGAAGCACAAGGAUUGAUUAUCGAGCGUCGUAUUUCCUUUCCAGCUGCCUUCUUCCCCUGAACGUUUGAAAGAUUCAUGGCUCGAAGGGAGAGCUCGGGACGACUGUUGGACGAAAAAGAAAUCGAUUAGGAUAGGGAUCUCGAUGACGCGGGACAGUGGUUCAAUUUAUUUUUACGUUCAUCGAAUGAUUUUUUAUUUACACCAGGCGAUAAAUUAAUUUUGAUUUGAAGCGUAUCGAUUAAAGAAGAAGUUUAAGGUUCUCUUCGUUAAUUGCUUUUUAUCACUCGCCGUUAUGAUACUCGAUUGAACGUAUCAAAGCGUGACGCUGAAACGCAAUAGAAAAUGAGCUCCUGUGAUAAAAUAAGAAAAAGAAAAAAUGAAUAACGUGGUUGCCUUCACAUCCUGGCGACGAUGAGCUUAAACGCAGGCGAAAGAGACAAUUUUACAAAUCUAGUGAAAUAUUCAAAUAAAUAUUAUGAAUAAUUAUUUGUAAUUAUUAUAUUAUAUAUAAAUAUAUAUAUAUUAUAAUUAUUGUAAAGUGAAAUUAAUAUAAAAAUUAUACAUUGCGUGUCGAGAUACGCUUUCGUGUGGAAACAAUAGACGCAAGAAAAGGACAGGGAUCAUCUGUCCAUUGCUAAACGGUAUCUCGUGAUUUUAUUCAUUUAUGUAAAACUUUUAGAGAAGAGGAUCGAUGAUGAUUUUUCAACCCUUUACUGCAUGAUUUUUUUUAACUCUCUCGAUACGACUGUGCGAAUUACAGAUAUAAGUUAUACAAAUUAAGAAUUGAAUUAGAAAAUUGUGUAAUAGUUGACGAUGGGAGUAUACGCAAAGAUUAGAAGGAUACAAAAUUAAUUUUAGAUUUUUGCCAUUUUCAGUGGCGCUAGAAAAAGACUGUCGCCAAUUACUGCCCAUGUUUUUCUAUAAAAAUGAACAUUUGUAUGGGGAGAGUUAGACAGGGUAAACACAUUUGAGUGAAAUACAUUUACGUUCUUUUAUUAUUAUUCUUAGUAAUAUAUUUAUGUUAUUCGCCAUUGUAAAAGGUAACGAGCAGCGAUGAUUUACGUGCAAAAUAUUACUUCGCCUAAUUUUCCUUAUUUUUGAAAUACUACGUUGUCCUAAGGAUCGAAGGGUGGCUUUCGAAGGGUCAAGCCGUCUAUGCCAUUCAACGCGAAUCGCAAAUUAUAUCACAUUUCAUUCAUGAUAUUCGAUCUACAGAAUGUUAGAAAAAAGGGUUCAGGACAAUUAUAUUGUUUAUAAACACGAAGGAAAGUGUACAGGUAUCAUCUUCUUAUUUUGAUAUUUGCGAAUGGUGUUCCAAGUACUUUCUUUCUAUUUCUACACUGUUCAAGAUAAGAGCAUUCUUUUAAUUAUUCAAGAAGUUAGAAAAAAUUGCUUGUUUAAUAAAAAUUUCAAGAGCACGUGGAACGUCUCUUGUAAAUAUUUCAUCAAGAAUAUGUUCAUCUAAGCUUUUAUUCGUGCAAUUCUGAUAACAAGUCCUGAAUUUCUUCCUUUAUCGAACACUUUGUGAAACAAAGUUGUUCAAAGGAGAAAUAUUAAGAAGAUAACUCGCUCGUCCAACAAAGGACGUAUAUAUGCGACAGAGGAUCGAUUCAACUCUGUAAGUACCAUUUUGUACGAUCGUAAUUGUGGUGGUUUUUCUGAACUAUCGUGAUGAAAGGUCGAAAAACUGUGAGGACAACUAAAAGGGUAAAAGGAAUUUACGUAGCCAGAGAGAAUGAAAGCGAGACAGAAUGAUGGAGAGAAUGAAUGAGUCCCUCAUACAAUUAUCAUAAGAACAAUUAAAUGUUGCCUGUUUCUCCUCCUACGAUACGAUUAAUUUGUUCGAAACUUGGAGAAGAAUGAUAGAUAUGAUCUCGUUCGAAGAGGAAAAAAAUUCAAUCCGACAGAUUGUAAUAAUUGUGCCUAGGAUAAUUUAUAAAAAAAAAAAAGAAAAGAAAAAAAAAUGAAGAAAUUAAAGUGAAAUCUUCCGCCUUCGAUUUCUACUCGGCCUUUUCUGUUGUACAUACAUAAAGUUCUUUUUAAAAUUCUCGUAAUCGCUGGAUGACGAGAGGGAAAGGAUUAAAACAAUGAAAAGAGGAGAAUUUCGAAAGUGCCCCGAUACGAAGGAAAAGAAGAAGAUUUAUAUAAUUAAAUACGCGAGAUUGUUUAGGAAAAUUGAGAGAGUGUUGUGUGUGCAAUCCAUGUUCAUUGAGUUUCUUAUUUUCUUUCUUUUUUUUUUUUAUUGAAUUCCUUUUGUAAAAUUAUUGCAACACUUUGAUGGCUAGUGUAAAGCAGAAUUUAUAUUAUUAUAUUAAUUGUAUCAUGCACGAAUUAUACUUUGAAAUAAUUUCACGUACAGUACAGGAGCAGCCAAAUAUAAAUCUAUCAAUAGCCUUAGUUUAGGUAGGGAAAAUUACAAUAGUCGUAGAUCCUGUGUGGCUAUCGAAGUGUUGAAAAUUCUUUCGAAGGUUUCAUUUCUAAUCAGCUUUAGUAGAUACAGCUAUUGAACUGAAUGUACACUAAAAAUGAAUCUUUUCAAGGAAAUCAUUACUGUAGAUCCUUGGUAGAUCCUUAAGUUGACGAACAAAUCCCUGAUUGAGGAAUAAAAUCAGUGAUCAAGAGUUACUAAUUAAUCCUUGUGUUAAUAAGCAAAUAUUCAUUUUCAGAUUUGUGUUAAAAAAUUCAUUGUUUCACUCUGGAUCUUCGAUUUUUUUAUUUUAUAUAUAAUCUAAAAAAAUAAUGUAUUAUAGAAAUGAAAUAUUUUAUAGAAAAUCAUUAACACAAGGGUUAACGAUCAUCGUGUGACCCUUUACGACGAAGAUGAAUAGAGAAACGAAUGUGCCAUAGUUGGAUGUGGCUGGAACAUGAAUAUUCUUCAGUAGCGACAUAUUACGUUUUACACGUUAUUAUUAUUAAUAUUCAUUGAAAAGUCUCUCGCUAUUCGCUGUGCAGGCUUGCGAGUGUUUCCGUGUACAGUGUACAGAAAGCACCUAUAAGUCUCGCCGUUACGUUCUUACAGUGUGCUAGCAUCUAAUUACGAGAAUUUUAUUUAACGACCGACCGUAUGGAAUAAAUUGAAAUAUUUAAAAA